GGUACUCUCUCUCUAUUUCUACAUCCUUUCUUAGCUAGCAAUGAGCCUUUUCAAAUCUGUCUCCCCACAAAAGUGCUCUUCUAUUAAGUUUUACCAGUAUUUUUACAAUUAAUAGCCAAAAGUGCUCUUCCGCAAAAUGGUAUCCCCAACCAGCCAUAAUCAUCAUACACCUUGCUCAAUGGCCAACCAAGAAUAUUUUCGAAGCAAAGUUUCAUCAUUUUUCUCUAAUGGAUUUAUGUUUAUCGGUGGAACUUUGGUAGCUUUACUGAUAAUCUGGACCAUAUUGUCAUUCAUUAGCCCCAUUAAUCCCAAUUUUUCACCUAUUUUUGCCAUGUCGAAUUCCAUUAUUGCCCCUUCUAGAGACUCACAAGAAUUACCAACUUUCUAUGAUGACCAAGAUUUGAGCUAUACUAUCGAGAAGCCAAUUAAGAACUGGGAUGAGAAGCGAAGUAAAUGGCUGAAUAUUCAUCCUUCAUUUAAACUUGGUGUAAAAGAAAGGGUUUUAAUUGUUUCAGGUUCACAAUCCACGCCGUGUAAGAACCCUGUCGGUGAUCAUUUGUUGCUAAGGUUCUUCAAGAACAAGGUAGAUUACAGUAGAAUCCACGGGUACGAUAUAUUCUACAAUAACGUAUUACUGCAACCAAAAAUGUUUUUCUUCUGGGCAAAAUUGCCAGCCGUUAGAGCAGCAAUGGUAGCUCAUCCAGAAGCAGAAUGGAUUUGGUGGGUGGACUCUGAUGCUGCCUUCACUGACAUGGACUCCGAGCUACCAUUGCAAAAAUACAAAGAUCAUAACUUUGUGGUAUAUGGUUGGCCAAAGUUAAUCUAUGAGAAAAAAAGCUGGACAGGUAUCAAUGCGGGAGUGUUCUUGAUUCGAAAUUGUCAAUGGUCAAUGGACUUGAUUGAAGCUUGGUCAAAGAUGGGACCACAAUCACCAGAGUACGAUAAAUGGGGCAAAAUCUUAAGAACAACCUUCAAGGACAAGAACUUUCCACAAUCCGAUGAUCAAUCAGGUCUAUCAUAUUUACUCUUAGAAGAAAAACACAAAUGGGGAGACAAAAUUUACGUAGAAAGUGAUUACUAUUUCCAAGGUUAUUGGGUGGAUAUUAUAGGUACACUAAAUAAUGUUAAAGACAAGUAUAUUGGGAUAGAGAAAAAAGUGCCUAUUUUGAGGAGGCGGCAUGCAGAGAAGGUUAGUGAGUGGUACGUUAAGCUUUGGGAGGAGUACCUUAUUAAGGAUAAUGUGAGGAGACCAUUUAUUACACAUUUUACUGGUUGUGAACCUUGUAGUGGUAAUCACAAUCCGAUGUAUACUUGGGAGACUUGUUAUGAUGCAAUGAAGAAGGCAUUGAAUUUUGCAGAUAAUCAAGUGUUGAGGAAGUAUGGUUUUGUUCAUAAGGAUUUACUUGAUUCGUCCUCCGUUUUUCCUUUGCCUUUCGACUUUCCAUCCAACAUUUGAAUGGACUACUUAGAAAUUGUGAAAAUCGCGUUGUCUACUUGUACCAUGAUUUUGGUCUAGUGAUAAAAACGCAUGUAUGGGUUAGACACAUGUCAUGAGUUCACAUUUUACCACACAAAGUAUGAUAUUUAAGUGGAGAAGGAUAGAUGGACGACGAACCCCAUUAUUCAGUGAAUUUCAAAUCAGCACCACUGGCGUUCUGAGGUUUCUCAAUCGAUCUUGCUAAAAGAAAUGUGUUGUGUAGUUGUGUACUUGUGUUAAUAUUGAUGAUUUUGAUUUUGUUUUAAUAAAUUGAUUGUGAUUUUAUUGAAGAAGUGAAUAUAUAUAAUACCUUUUUAA